GUGUUCCGUCAACGCACCCCAGAAGACGCUAUAAACCUGGUGUCACGACUGCUGGAAUACACACCAUCUGCGCGCAUCACGCCACUACAGGCCUGUGCGCACAAAUUCUUUGACGAACUCAGGGAUCCAAACACCAGACUACCCAACAAUCGGGAGUUACCACCCCUCUUCAAUUUUACCGAACAUGAAAUCAAGAUCCAGCCAGAGCUGAACAACAAAUUGAUUCCCUCUCACUAUCGAGGUGAACCGGCAAACAGCAGCAGUGGUGGUGGCUCAUCUGCCGUUGACUCUUCUGAGGGUGCUGCAGCUGCUGCUGUAAAUGAUAAUUGAGAUGGAUGGUGGCCAGCCCAGUCAGCCUCUACUGCAGCCUCCACACCAGCCUUCCUGCCCCCUUGUGCCUGCAUCCAGCAAUAUCUGGACCCAGCUGUGUACAGAGCUCCAGUUUUGGGAUAAAGCUUGGCCAAGGGGGCUGUGGAGGCCAGUCUUCUUGGGCAGAUAGCUGUACUUUAUGUAUGGCUGUAAUCAUGUGGCCCUCAUAAUGUGUAAAGUGUACAUACAUUGAACAUUACUAGUGAAUGACUCUCCCAGGCUUGAGGCACCCAGCAGCCACACCAUUUGCUUGUUAUUGCAUACACUGUUGUGCCAGUGUGGCCCAGCCCAGGUGUCCUUGAUCUGUUGGUAGGAGCUUGGUGCUGACGGUAACCUUCUGAUUGCCCAGCCCACUGCAUGGUGGUCAUCGUGACCUCAGGGUCAUGGAGCACCCAGCUCCUCGCACACCAGUGGAGCCAGCCUCUGAUGCAUUGUAUUUGUCUUGGACUAUCAUAGUUAGGUCCAUGAUGUCUGCACCAAGUUUUGUAGGCCACUGUUGCAUGGGAGUUUGUAUGCUGUGAUGAGGUGUAUAGUAUGACCAACAGCAAUGUGCUCCCUCUUGAUAUUGUGCUGCCUCCCACCUCCCCUGCUGUCCCCUUGCCUUUUCACCUGCAGCAGCUAGUUCACCCCAAGCCAGUGCUAGUGAUGAGUUGUGAGUUGUUGGUGUGUCACACUGAGUUAGUGCCAAUGUUACUUGUAGUGUCACCUCCGUUGGCCCACCCUGGGCUCACUUUGUUCCUGCUCUUCUGCCAGGGACACCAGCUUCCCUUACAGCCUCAGUGUCUCUGGAAUUGCUAAAAAAAAAAAAAAAUCAGCUAAUUGUAUAAUAAGAGGCCAGCAUAGGCUUCACUGGCCCCUUAGACAGCACGUACACCACCACUAUACCAUCACCGGUAGAAGGCGAGGACUCCUCUCGUCACUGUAUCCUGUGAUCUGAAGCCAGUGUGAUGUGGAUCCGUAACUCAGAUCCACGUCUGUCAUGGCAAGGGUUGUGCUGGCCAUGGCAGAAUAGGCUAGGACUGGACGACAUGCUUGUAUUGCUUGCAUGGAAGUCAUCACGAUGAGGUAUAUCGCACACCCCCUCUGAACAAGCUGAUGAACUUAUGGGAAUGGCAAGCAGCCUUUUGCUUGUCUUGUGUUUUAAUGUUGGAAUUAUUAUUCUGUAUAUAGUGUUCAUUUUCACUUUUGCCAUCACAAGUACAAUUCAUACAUAGACAGUUCUUCAGGUGGUCUGUGCAGACAACCAGGUCCCUUGGCCAUCUUGUAGUUCAUCACAAACUAUUUGAAUGGGAGCUACUGUUCAACAAAUCUUGUGUGAUCCUCUGUACUCUUCAGUCGCUGGUGGAGCGGUGUCAGGUGUAUUAAUAGUUUUUCCCCCCUCACCCUUCCAAUUAACCAUAAAGUGUAAGUUAUCAAACAGUAAGAUAUUACUAGUUACACCGAUGGUUCUGCCCUGUACCAUCCAAUCAGUGACACCUGCAAGAAAGGAAUGCCAUUCAGUGAUUACCUGCUUUUCAUGGGUGGAAUACAGUGAGGUUCACUUUUGAUAUACAGACCAUUAGAGAAGAAUGAGCCUUAUUGCAUUGCUGACCCAAGCUUGUAAUUACUAUGUAAAGCAUUUGCUCAUGUCUUUUUUUUUUUUCUUUUUUUUUUUAAUUCUUUUUUUUUCUCAGAUAUGAUGUGAUAAUCUGAAGUAGGGUGGUUGCUGUUGUUGUUUUUUCUUCAUUUACUUUCUUCUUUCUUUCUAUCUUUUUUUUUGUAUUUUUUUUUUUUUUUUUUUUCUUAGCAUGGAAGAUAACAUAGUUUUGUAUUAAUUGAUGAUUGGUACUGCAAUAUCAAGUCCAAGAGUUUAUAAAACCUUAUGUCAUGUAAGAAAUUAUCCAUUAUGUGGACUUUACCAGCAGUUUGAGCUUUAAACAAUACAUGAGGAUCUUCUGUGUGUAAAGCAAAUAGGAAUAACAGCCUUAUUUUAAUUAAAUCAAAAGUUCAUUACAUGAUACUUACAAGAAACCUCUCUGCAACCAGGGAUCCCAAAAAUCCUAAUUGGAUUUCCUUUAUCACUGAUAACGUAAUUGGGAGGACUGGAUCCAGGAGACGUGAUUUGGAAUAGGAAAUUGGAUUUGAUGUGGAAAGACUGAUUUUUAUUUAGCUGUCUUUAUUUUAGGGGGGGAAAUCACUGUCUAGUUACAAGUGGUACAAGAAUAGAGGAAUGCGAUGGAAAAUCUACCUUAUUUUGAGCACUGUAAAUAUCACAUGGGAAUCGGAACUUUAUUGGACGUAAAUUAGGUUCAGUUUUUUAACAGAGUUCUUUUGAAUAUUUAUUUACACCAAAAUAGGUUUUGGAUUCUUUUCUUUUUCCUUUUUUGAUUUCUGUAAAAUAAUCUCCUGAAUAUGGUCCUUCCCUUGACAACUCAAAAAAAUGAAAAGAAAAGAAGAGGUUUGUCCAAUCCAUGUUGUAGGGCAUUGAGACUUAUUCAGAAAACAAAAAAAUAAUAUCAGAAUGUUAGGGUCCUAGGGCAAGUGAAACAGGAUGGGCUAAUACAUAUAUACAUACAUACAUCUCAUUGCCAAGUUUUUUCUGCUACUCAUCCAGGGCACGAAAUAAUUUCCUUUCAAACCUUGUAGUAAAAAAAAAAUAAUAAAAUAAAAUAAAAAAAAGAUAUGAUAAGUUCAGCAUGAAAGAGCCUAUUUGGGGUUUUCAGUGAUUUUACAUUCUAUUUCACCCUAUAAAAUACAGUUUUUUCUUGGACUCCCCAUGAUAAGGCAUGCUGAACAAGUCGGUAUAUACAGAACUGGGCGUUUCUGGGUAUUGCUGCAAGAAAAUCUCAAUGUCAUCUUUGAUUUGUGGCUUGUUCACUCAAUAGAAUGAAACACAAUUUGUGCAGAAGAAAUAUAUAUAGACUGCAACAUUUAGUGAUAGAGGUAGACACUAUUGCUGGGAGGGGACAUGUAAAGAUCAGGUGUGUGUGUGAUUGUGCAGUGGGUUGUCAUAAAGGUAUGAUUAUUGAUGGAGAAAAAAAAAUAUGAUGUUUUACUCUAUUGGGUGUUGGAAAUUUGUUGUGCUAAGGAUGUAUAAAAGUUUUGAAGUAUUUACUAAUCCCAAAGUUCCCCUUAUGAAUUUGUAAAGACUGUGCGAGGAUACCAGGGUAAGUUUAGCUUAUAAUACCUCAUGUACAGAUUAAAAAAGUGAAGAGCAGCAAGGGUUUAGUUCAUGAUAUUUGAUGUAUUGGUAGAUAAUGUUUAUGCAGAACAGAUCUGACAACCCAGGCACCACAAUAAGGAGAUGUUACCAGUUGACAGAUGAGUUUUGCCGUUGAUAGGUGACUUAAUGGUUUUAUUAUUUGUUUACAUGAUAAGGAGUAUAUCAGUUGACCUGAGAGUUGAAGUGCUCAACUGUCUGUCAAUGGUGUGACACUUGGCCGUGACACUGCUCAAGAGAACACGCUCUGAGAGGAAACCGUUAAUAUAGAAAUUCAUAGAACUAUUUUGUAAGUCUUCUGUCAAGUCUUUGAAGGUAUCUAUCUAUCCCCCCCCCCCAAGGUUAAGAAUAGACAUUGCUCAAGUUUCUCAUGUUCGUGUAUUUAUUAUUACUGCUGGGGAAGUUUGUAGAAGUUGUGGAUUAUUAUUUUUUUAUUUCCUUAUUGAUAGCCCAUGCAACCCGAAUUGUGUGCGCUUGCUGGUAUUUAAUGGUAAAUUUUAUAUCUAGCAACCCAACAAAGGAGUCAAUGCUCUUAGAUGGAAAAAAAUUCUUCUUUUGUUGUACAAGCAGUUAUGUUACUGAACCUGGUUAAGAAAAAUAACAACCAUAUGCGUAGAUCUUUGCCGGGAAAGGUCAUUAUCGGUGCAUCUUGCCCCCAGUAACCCCUGUGCUGUAGUUGUUACCUAUAUUGAUCAACCAUGGAAGCGCUGUCUACAUGAGCAGCGUUACGGCCUACUUUUUGAGAGGGAAUCCUAUCCUGAGUCCACCACACCUUAGCCAAUAAUAUUUGUAAUUACCCUAAUGUAAAAAUGUACUCUAAUGCUUAAAGUGUGCUUUUAAAUUAAUGUAGAUGCAACUGUUCUUGUUCUUAUGUUUUUCUUAAUGAAUGUACUUUUAAAUGACAACAUGUAGUACAUGUACUAAGUUUAUAGUAUAAUUGUUUUAAUAAAGAGCAGUUGUAUUACUGUCAUUAUUUGUAUUUGUUUUAUCAUCACGCUGCAGCCUUUUAUUCUUAAUGGAAGGAGGAAAUCGGAGUUUCAGUUGUCCCUCGUUUCCUAGGUUGCGCCUCGCUCUUUUUGUCUCCAAAGAGCGGUCGUAUUCUGACCCCUUUUCCUUUUCUAUGAUAUAAUCUCCUUAGAAGUUUACCCAGAGAGACCCUAGGGACUUUGAGAUUCUAGCAACGGGGAUGGUGUUACAGGGAAAUGGGACAGAUAUUUAUUUGUGUGUUUGCUUCAGGUGUGAGAUGACAAGCAGUGGAAUAUAGGGUUUAGUUAUGUCCACAUCAAUGUAUAGCCAUCGCAGUGUAGAAAGAAACUAUUAUCAAGUUUCCAAUACUUGUCACUAGAUUAUAUGAUUAAAGUAAACUUUUAUCCAAGAUGGGA